AACUAGAAAUGGAAGGCUGUGAAGGAAAGGGAUAAGUGGGGCCCAUGCUAUCAUGAAUGAUGAAUCUAACUGAAAACCUUGGUUUUGAAUCCUCUUCUUCCCCCAAAGUGGCAAGAAGCAGCUUCCAAAUUGUUGCUCAUUCUAACUCCUCUCUCUUCCCUCAAAACAACAUUAACAAAACAACAACAUUUGGCAAAUCACUGAACAACAAUAAUUGGCUAUCGAAAAAGGCUUCUCGCGUGACGGUUCGAGCUCAGGAUCGGCCCACGUGGCUUCCUGGCCUCGACCCCCCGUCUUAUCUCAAUGGAACACUUGCUGGAGAUUUCGGAUUCGAUCCACUUGGACUUGGUGAGGAUCCGGAAAGUUUGAAGUGGUACGUACAAGCGGAGCUAGUUCAUGCUCGUUUCGCAAUGGCCGGAGUUGCCGGUAUUCUUUUCACCGAUCUAUUACGUGUGACUGGAAUAAGCGAUUUGCCGGUGUGGUACGAAGCCGGCGCCACCAAAUUCGAUUUCGCUAACACCACUACUCUAUUCAUUGUUCAACUACUCUUGAUGGGUUUUGUAGAAACAAAAAGAUACAUGGAUUUCAAGAAUCCAGGAUCUCAAGCCAAGAAUGGAUCCUUCUUCUUUGGUUUAGAAGCUUCACUUGAAGGGCUUGAACCUGGGUACCCUGGUGGACCUUUGCUGAAUCCUCUUGGACUAGCUAAAGAUAUAAAGAAUGCUCAUGAAUUGAAGCUGAAAGAGAUUAAAAAUGGAAGAUUAGCAAUGAUGGCUAUGGUUGGUUUCUUUGUCCAAGCUAAUGUGACACAUGUGGGCCCAAUUGAGAAUCUGAUAAAGCAUCUCUCUAAUCCAUGGCAUACAACAAUCAUUCAAACAAUGGUUCAAUCCAGUUCUUAAUCAUUCAUUCAUUCAGUAAAUACUUGUGAAAUGUAACUUCUUUUUAUUUGUUUUGGGCAAAUUACGGCCAUCCUUUGGGUUAUGGUCAAAUUACGAAAACCCAUCUUCUGCUUGGUAAUUAUAGGCACCCCUCAACUAUGUAUUAUCUUAUGAAUAAAAUCAUCCACAGGUAAAUUUAGGGAUGUUAAA